GCGCCAUUUUGCCCUCCUCCCUCCCCGCUUCGCAGCGUGUGCGCCUCUGCGCCGGAGCUGCUGCGGCGGUGGCGCUAAAAGGGGGGGAGAAGCGGGAGAGAGGCCGCUGUGUUUUCGUCCUCUUCAUUUCUUGCCUCGACCCAAGCAGCGCGUGGAGGGGAAGGGACGAGGUCCAGUGCCUGCCCCGCUCUUCUUUCACCUUUCGCAUAGCCGCACACAGGGUGAGGGUGGUGGUGGGGGGACGGGACUGGACACCACCAAGCCAGGCUGCUCCUACGCUCCUUCCUUCCGUUCUUCCUCCUUUCUUUCCCUGGCACAUCUCAACCUCCUCAUCCAUCCAUCCGUUCCCGGGGAUGAGCAGCACUGUGGCUAGCCCAAUGUCAACAGUUGCCUCUUCAAGCAGUGGAAGAAAAUCAACAAGUUUUACACCUGAGUUGCAGAGUAUGAUGUUUUCCUUAGGAGAUGCUCGCAGGCCUCUGCAUGAAACUGCAAUACUAGUGGAAGACAUCGUCCACACUCAGCUGAUUAAUUUGUUGCAGCAAGCAGCUGAAGUGUCUCAGCUGAGAGGAGCUAGAGUCAUCUCUGCUGAAGAUCUCCUGUUCUUAAUGCGCAAAGAUAAGAAGAAGCUUAGAAGACUACUUAAAUACAUGUUAUUUCGAGACUACAAAUCUAAAAUUGUCAAAGGAAUAGAAGAAGAUGACCUCCUUGAAGACAAAUUCAACAGUAAUAACGCCAACAAGAGGCAGAAGCUUGCUCAGGACUUUCUCGUCUCCAUUGACCAGACUGGAGAGCUCUUAGCCAUGUUUGAAGAUGAUGAGAUUGAUGAUGUCAAGCAAGAGCGGAUGGAGAGAGCAGAAAGACAAACACGAACGAUGGACUCAGUCCAGUAUGCAGAAUUCUGUGAAAGUCGGCAUUUGAGUUUCUCAAAGAAAACUUCCAAGUUUCGCGACUGGUUGGACUGUAGCAGUAUGGAAAUAAAGCCAAAUGCAGUUGCAAUGGAGAUUUUGGCAUAUUUAGCAUAUGAGACUGUGGCACAGUUGGUGGACUUGGCCCUUUUGGUUAAGCAGGACAUGGCUCCCAAAGCUGGUGACCCAUUCACUCACGCCAUAUCUGCCACCUUCAUACAGUAUCACAACUCCACUGAGCCACAUCUCUUAGGGCAAUCUACAAGUAUGAAGACUAGUCUUGACUCUCCUGAAAAUACACCACCUCCUACACCUACACCUCCAGCAUCAGCAGGACAGCAACAUCUCGGCAAAACCCCAUCAGGAGGCCUGGGGAAUGGUGGAGUCGGACAGGACUCCUCCAAAUCCAAACAAAGGAAAAGAAAAAAGAGCACUGCAGCCUGUGGUAUAGAGGCUCAAAGCGAUGCCAUCCAGCCCAGCCACAUCAGAGAGGCCAUUCGACGCUAUGGCCACAAGAUUGGCCCCCUUUCCCCGUUCACAAGUGCCUACCGCAGAAAUGGGAUGACUUUUCUCGCCUGCUAAUGUGGAUGUGGCUGCAGCAACAGGAAAGACAGUGUUAUAUUAAGGUGAUUUUCUUUUCCCCUCUGUGGAAGGAAAAAAAAUACAAACUCCAGUGUCUCUGAGUGCCAUUGAGUGGGCUGGUUUGUUGUGACUAUCUGCUGGCUGACUCUGUCUCUUUUUCCAGCCCCCUCAAUCGUUAUUCUUGUUUACUAGCUGGAACGUUUAGCUAAUUAAUGGCAGGAUGUUUGGGAUAGUGUGUAGGUGGACAGGAAUACAGAUCAGACAAUGCUGAAGUUUGCUGGGGACUUGCUGCUGUCAGCCUCUUCCUGAAAUGAGAUGUCAUUUUUAUUUUAAGUGUUUGGAAGUCUGUGUGUUCUUCUAGAGAUGUUGGCGUUUGGGGUUUGGUUGCAAAGCAGGAUAGGGCAGAGAGAGGCCAGAGGACUCUAUGUAACUGGGUUAAUGCAGGUGUGCAUAGGUUAUGUAAAGAUUGUGUUAUCUUUGGUUUUUCCAAACAGAAAAACUGCUUACCACUAUUUUCCACCCAUUUCUGAUAUGCAGUUUUUAAGUAUUCAGACAUUGUAACCCAGCCUAAUCUAGUGAGUGCCUUUUUGAUGAGAGUAAUAGCAAGAUCUGACCCAAACCUUCAGAAAAAAAACUGUCAGGUAAACUGUACUUUACCACUUAGAGACUUGUCUUUUUGCAGACCCGAGGGCAGGCUGAGUGGUCAACCCCAAAUUCUUCAAUUUAUCUCCUAAAGGUUGAGCCAUCACUCUUUGAACCAAGGAAAAGCCUUUGCAAUGGUUUGGCAAUAGAUUUGACCCCUAUUCGUAAAAAUACAUCCCAAAGUGUUCAAAUAAUAACUGUGUCUGUCUCAGUGGUUCUAGGCAAAGGCUGUUAUGUACUUUCUCAGCAUUUGCUGCAGGAAGCAGAUGUUGUCUCUGUUGUUGACAAAGACAAUGUUACUGCUGGAUUUGGUUAAAGAAGCAGCAAUUUCUUUUUUUGCUUUUCUAAUAUAUUUUAGUACUGUUUUGCCAUUUAGUUUUCAAAUCUCAGUCCCUCCCUCUAUGCUUCUUCCCGUCCUCAACUCCUCCAGCUUUUGCUGACCUCACAAACACAUUCAUUUCUUCCCAUAAAACACUGUACAAAUAUAGAACUAGCCACGAUGAUGCUUGACCAGAGAACAGAGCUCAUAUUUGAGCCUGUUACCAGGACCUGCAGGCAUGUAACUUGUGUCCCUGCAGUACCCCUUGGCCCCAGGAUCUGCUUCAGCACCACUCAGCCCAGGCUGGAUAGCUAACCUAAAUUUCAAAUUAAGACAGAGCACUCAAGAGAUCAAGAGCAGAUCAGCAAAAUAUUGCUUCUAUAUAGUUCAGCCAUCCUCUUUUUUUUUUGGUGUGUGUAGUAUGUGAGGUCUUUAUUUCCACUCCCAGUGUAUGCUCCUGUGGUCCUUUGUUAGUGAUUUCAUUGCCCUGCUUUCCUGGGCACGCUUGCAGAAACUAUAAGAAGAUAUAUAUAUAUAAAAAAAGACAAUAAACAACAAAAAAGUCUCUUUGCAACCAAAAUGUUGUACAAUUCAAUGUUGUAUAUUGAAUGAAACUGCCAUUUAUAAACUGUUUGUUUUUUUCUUUUACCUGCUUACACUUCUGCUUUCUGGAAUCAAUCUGUGUGUAAAAGGACUCAAAGUAAUGUGUACAAUGAAGCAUAUUAAAGGAGGAAGGGUAGUUUUCUGAUGUUCCAUCUGUGCUACUUGGAAUAUAUGAUUAAACUUUUCUUUUUAUCAUCA